AUGAUGCAAUGUCUGGCAGAAGGAGAAAGAUAUAGGCACCUCGGCAUUUCGACGGAGUUUUCCGUUGAUCAGAACCCCUAUUCUACGAUCGAGGGCAUGAUGAAGGACUUGCAGCGCGUCGAGCGCUCUUUGCUAGCCCCGUGGCAGCGAGUCGAGAUGAUGACUACUUACAUCCUGCCACGUCUCGACUUCUUGUUGCGGGGUGCCAAAGUAGUGAAAGGCCUUGUGAAGGUCGCGGACAAGCAGAUAAGGAGGCUGGCCAAGUCGUGGCUCACCUUCCCUCAGCGCGCCAGCGCGGAGGUAGUCUACCUCCCUCUUAACAAGGGGGGAUGUGGCCUGCUUCCGCUCGCUGACCUUGCCGACGUCCUGACGAUAGCGCACGUCUUCCGUGUUUUCACGGCUGGCGACGCUGAAGUCAGAGACCUGGCGUGGGCGUCGCUGAGGGGAGUGGUUAAGCGGCAAAUUGGUUCAGUACCAACGGAGCAGGACAUCGCUUCGUUUCUUUCGGACUCGCUCGAGAGAAAGUUCCGCGACGGUGGAGAGCGCUCCCUUUGGUCGGAUGCGCGAAACGCGUGUAGACGGCAGUCCUCCAGAUUGCGGAUCUGCUGGAUGUGGGCAGAAGAGACGCGGGAGCUUCUUCUGGAGUGUCGGGGCACGGGGGGUAAUCUGGUGAACAUCCCACCAGAAGCGCGGGCGCAGGUCAUCCAUGCACUACGCCUGGCUAUCGCGUCGUAUUAUACGAGCACAUUGCUUGCCAAAAAGGAUCAGGGGAGGGUGUUUGAGGUGGCCAUGCGUCAUGGAGUGAGCAAUCACUUCACGCGCACUGGCAGCUUCACCCGCUUCGCCGACUGGCGCUUCUUGCACCGAGCCCGACUCGACAUGUUGCCGCUCAACGGCGCACGUCAGUGGAGGGAGGGCGAUGCGCGUUGUCGGCGGUGCAGAGGAAAUGCCGAGAUCCUUCCCCACGUGAUCAAUCAUUGUGGGGUCCAUUCCGACGCGGUACAGCUCAGGCACGAUGACCUGUUGCUACGAUUAGCUAGGGCCAUCCAACUGCCAGGUGAAGUCCGAAUUAAUCAGCGGGUCGAAGGGGUCGAUCCCGAAUUGACGAGUCUUCGGCCCGACCUCGUGAUUCGUCACGAGCAGUCGCAGUCGAUUAUCAUUGUUGACGUCACGGUGCCCUUCGAGAACCGUCGUGAGGCGUUCGAUGAAGCAAGAGCGAGGAAGGUCACCAAGUACACUCCUCUUGCUGAGGCCCUCACGCGGCAAGGGUACCGUGGUAGUCACGCCGUUCGUGGUCGGUUCCUUCGGCUCAUGGGACCGGAGGAAUGA